GGCGUGCACUCGGGUCGCUGCCGCCAUCCUGCUGGCGAAAGAGAGGAGAGAGACAGAGAGGCCCGCCCGCUAGCCGGCCGGGCCAGUGCGGGCCAGUGCGUGAGGGCGCGGGGGGCCGUGUCAGCGCGACGCAGAGCGCAGCCGCCACCGCCAAACGGACAUGUUGGAGCCCCGCGCUGCCGCCGCCGCCUCCCUUCCCUCCGCCAGCGCACGGGACUGAGCAGGGGCCCGCCGCCUCUGACUGCGCUCGACCGGCCCAGCCUCGCCGCCUCGGCCGCAGCCCCUUCCUGCUCGGCCUCGGCCUCGGCCGCUCGUCGCCUCCCGUCCUCCUCCUCCUCCUCCUCCCCCGCCCCACGCCCCAGGCCCUGCCGGUUCCCGGCCCUGCUCCGCCGCGGCGCGAGGUCUAUGUGACCGGCGGGCCCGGAGCAGCCGCCGCCGCAACGCGAACAUGGACGCCGUCAACGCCUUCAACCAGGAGCUUUUUUCACUUAUGGAUAUGAAACCUCCCAUCUCUAGAGCCAAGAUGAUCCUGAUCACUAAAGCUGCUAUCAAAGCUAUCAAGCUCUAUAAGCAUGUUGUUCAGAUAGUAGAGAAGUUCAUCAAAAAGUGUAAACCAGAAUACAAGGUUCCAGGAUUAUAUGUCAUUGAUUCCAUUGUGAGACAGUCUCGUCAUCAGUUUGGAACUGAUAAAGAUGUUUUUGGGCCAAGAUUCUCUAAAAAUAUAACUGCUACAUUCCAAUAUUUAUAUCUUUGUCCAUCUGAAGAUAAGAGUAAAAUAGUUCGUGUGCUAAAUCUUUGGCAAAAAAAUGGAGUAUUCAAAAUUGAAAUUAUUCAGCCUCUUUUGGACAUGGCAGCAGGAACCAGUAAUGCUGUUCCGGUAGCAGAAAAUGUCACCAACAAUGAAGGCUCACCGCCACCCCCAGUAAAAGCCUCUUCUGAACUCGCACAAGCUCCCACAAACUCCAUGCCCUCCGUGCCACAGUUGCCCAGCUCUGACGCCUUUGCUGCUGUGGCUCAACUGUUUCAGACAACUCAAGGCCAACAGCUUCAGCAGAUCCUUCAGACUUUUCAACAGCCUCCAAAACCACAGUCUCCCGCCCUUGACAAUGCUGUGAUGGCUCAGGUUCAGGCUAUCACAGCUCAGUUAAAGACAGCUCCUACACAACCACCUGAGCAAAACGCUGCUUUCCCCCCACCUGAACAAAAAACUGCAUUUGACAAGAAGCUGCUCGAUAGAUUCGAUUAUGACGAUGAGCCUGAAGCUUUGGAAGACGCAAAGAAAGAGGAUGCGACUGUCACCGCUGCAGCCCCUGCUGCCGCCCCUCCUGCACCUGCCGUGACCACACCUGCUGCUGCUGCUGCUGCUGCUGCUGCUGCUGCUGCUGUGCCCAUGCCCUCUGCCACCUCUCCCCCUCCUCCACAGGUGCCAUUUGGCUAUCCUGGCGAUAGCUUGCAGCAGCCAGCCUACACACAGCAUCAGAAUAUGGAUCAGUUUCCACCUCGGAUGAUGGGCAUGCAGCAGGAUACAGUGCACCAUCAGGUUCCACUUCCUCCUAAUGGACAGAUGCCAGGAUUUGGGCUUCUCUCUGCACCUCCAUUUCCUCCCAUGCCUCAGCCUGGGAUGGCCCAACCUGGGAUGCCUCAGCCUGGGAUGGCCCAGCCUGGGAUGCCUCAGCCUGGGAUGGCCCAACCUGGGAUGCCUCAGCCUGGAAUGGCCCAACCUGGGAUGCCUCAGUCUGGGAUUCCUCCAACUCCACCAGUACAACCAACUUUCCAAUCUACUUUUCAGCCACAAAAUGAGCCUCUUUCACAAAAGCCACAUCAGCAGGAAAUGGAAGUAGAACAGCCUUGUAUCCCAGAGGUUAAGCGGCACGCGCCUGAGAGCAGAAAGUCAAGAUCUAGGUCAGCAUCCAGGUCACCAAAAAGGAGAAGAUCUAGAUCUGGCUCUAGGUCUCGGAGAUCCCGCCACAGACGUUCUCGGUCCCGAUCCAGGGACAGGCGCCGGCACUCACCUCGGUCUCGAUCUCAAGAAAGACGAGAUCGAGAAAAAGAGAGGGAACGGCGACAAAAAGGCCUCCCUCAGAUCAAGGCAGAAACUGCAAGUGUUUGUAGUACCACACUAUGGGUGGGACAGCUAGACAAAAGGACUACCCAGCAGGAUGUUGCCAGUCUCUUAGAGGAGUUUGGUCCAAUUGAAUCAAUUAAUAUGAUUCCUCCCAGAGGUUGUGCCUAUAUUGUUAUGGUUCAUAGGCAAGAUGCAUACCGUGCCCUGCAGAAACUGAGCCGGGGAAACUACAAAGUGAACCAGAAAUCCAUAAAGAUUGCCUGGGCCUUAAACAAAGGAAUAAAGGCAGAUUAUAAACAGUAUUGGGAUGUUGAACUGGGUGUUACUUAUGUCCCGUGGGACAAAGUCAAACCUGAGGAGCUGGAAAGUUUCUGUGAAGGAGGAAUGUUGGACAGUGACACACUUAACCCAGAUUGGAAAGGUAUCACCAAGAAGCCUGAAAAUGAAGUUGCCCAGAAUGGAGGUGCAGAAGCCUCCCACGCGGAACCAGUGUCUCCCGUACCUAAGCCUUUGCCUGUGCCCGUCCCUCCUAUCCCUGUCCCUGCGCCCAUAACAGUGCCACCUCCACAGGUCCCACCUCAUCAGCCGGGUCCUCCUGGAGUUGGUGCUCUCCAGCCACCUGCUUUCACACCUCCCCUAGGGAUCCCCCCUCCAGGCUUUGGCCCUGGUGUUCCCCCUCCUCCUCCUCCACCACCAUUUCUGCGCCCAGGAUUCAACCCAAUGCAUUUACCACCAGGUUUUCUUCCUCCCGGACCCCCACCUCCUAUAACUCCACCAGUGUCCAUUCCUCCUCCUCACACUCCACCAAUAAGCAUCCCAAACUCUACUAUCGCUGGUAUAAGUGAAGACACUACAAAAGACUUACCUAUUGGAAAUCCCAUUCCAACAGUGGUGUCUGGGGCUAGAGGAGACGCCGAGUCUGGUGACAGUGCGAAAAUGUAUGGCUCUGCCGUGCCACCUGCUGCUCCCACGAAUCUGCCCACCCCUCCUGUAACCCAGCCUGUUUCACUUCUUGGUACUCAAGGAGUUGCACCUGGCCCUGUAAUUGGGCUCCAGGCACCAUCUACUGGUCUUCUUGGUGCCAGACCUGGCCUGAUCCCACUCCAGCGCCCCCCAGGGAUGCCUCCACCUCACUUGCAGCGGUUUCCUAUGAUGCCACCUCGCCCCAUGCCACCGCACAUGAUGCACAGAGGUCCGCCUCCAGGACCAGGGGGCUUUGCUAUGCCCCCACCUCAUGGAAUGAAAGGGCCCUUUCCACCACAUGGCCCCUUCGUUAGGCCUGGUGGAAUGCCAGGGCUUGGGGGCCCAGGGCCAGGCCCUGGAGGACCAGAAGACAGAGAUGGAAGGCAGCAACAACCACAGCAGCAGCAGCAGCAGCCACCACCACAACAGUCACAGCCACAGCAGCCAGCGCCAUCACAGCAGCCAGCACCAGCUCAGCAGCAGCAGCAGCAGCAGCAGCCACAGCAGUUUAGAAAUGAUAGCAGGCAGCAGCAGUUCAAUUCAGGUAGAGACCAAGAAAGGUUUGGAAGAAGAUCUUUUGGAAAUAGGGUGGAAAAUGACCGGGAACGGUAUGGGAACCGUAAUGAUGAUAGAGAUAAUAGUAACCGUGAAAGGAGAGAGUGGGGAAGAAGGAGCCCUGACCGGGACAGACACAGAGACUUGGAAGAGAGAAAUAGACGCUCUAGUGGGCAUCGGGACAGAGACAGGGAUUCUAGAGAUAGAGAGUCCCGUAGAGAGAAGGAAGAGAAUCGGAAGGAGAAGCAUGAGCUCCCAGACAGGGCAGGUGGUGGCAAAGCCAGUGAACCUCCCCUUAGCCAAGUGGGAAACGUAGACACUGUUUCUGAACUUGAUCAGGGGGAGGCCACGGCCACAGUGGUAAAACCUGAAGAGUCACCUGCUGAGGCUACCUCAUCCGUUGAACCUGAGAAGGAUUCUGGCUCAGCAGCAGAGGCUCCUCGCUAGAGACUGGAUUUAACAGAAUCUGACAGGACACUUGGGUGUAGAGCUGAGGUGUACAGAUGCUGUAUAAUAUUUGCUCCUGCUACAUCACCUCCCAGUAGUUGGUGGGGUCUGUAAGCAAUUUGAUUGCUCCCCUUCUAUUUAAAAAUAGCCACAAAAUAACAAAAAAUACUGAAGAUAUAUUGCCCUUUUUUGCUGUAACUUUUUAAAAGUUUUGACUUUUAAAAGUUUACAAAUCCUAAUUAGAAGUGCUCUCUAUUUUUUUUUUUUUUUAAUUUAAGACAAGGUAACGGUGAAAGCUCCUCAAACAAUAGGGAUGUUUUUAAUAAACUCUAUUUUCGUAACAAACUUUAAUGUGUGCUAUUCUUCAUACACUGCAUUAAGGUGGAAAAGGAUGUUAACCAUUGAAGUUUGAGCUGUUGAUGUAUUAGAGUCUAAGUUAGACUUCUUUGAUAAGAAAAAAGACAUGUAUUUGCCAACACGAGUUUUAUUCUUCUGACUUUUAAUAUUUUGGUCAUAAGGUAAAGAUCAGUGGUCUUAAUGUUAAACUAAGAAAGAUCUUUUUCCCCAUUGGAUUUGUGGUAAUGUUGCCGUAAUUAAUUUGUAAAGAGAGAUUUGCUAGGGGAAAUAAUUGGAUUCCCAACAUUAUACUACAAAUUACCUGAUUGCCUGGGCAUUAUUUAGAACGUUGAAUAUGUUGUUUAUUAUAGUCAUCCCAUUAAAAAAUUUCCAAGAUGUAAAGUGAGGUCAAGGUUAAUGUAUGGAACCAAAAAGCUUUUUAUAGACUAGGUACAGUGUAAAGUUUUGCCUGUUUCCUUUACCAUCUUCAAUAGCCCAAGAGGUACACUGAACGUUUUGCUGCAUCUGAAACCAAACUGAGGCUUUAAUAGUAGUGAGAAGCACUGACAUACAAGGGAGUUGUCCAGAGUCAGGGGUUUAUUUACAGUAGCAGCUCUCAACCUCCAUGCUGUGGGGACCCCCAGCCAUAGAAUUGUUUCAUUGCUACUUCAUAGCUGUAACUUGGC